AUGACGGGGCGACGAGGCGCGCACUACAGAGCGGCACGUGUGGUGUGGGAGGAAGCAGCUUUGGGGCUGUCUCUGGAGGAUGCAGUUGGACGCCCUGAAAAGGCAACCCCAGAUCCCAGCGGUGAAAACAAGAAACCCAACAAAUCACAACAGCUCAAACAAGUUUUCAAAGAAUAUGGUGCUGUAGGGGUUUCAUUCCAUGUUGGAAUUUCAUUAGUAUCUCUAGGAAUCUUCUACCUGGCCGUGUCAAGCGGCGUGGAUAUGGCUGCGGUUCUCUUCAAGCUGGGUUUCAGCGAGGCGUCGCUGCAGUCGCGGGUGGCCGCCGGGACGAGCACGUUCGUGCUGGCCUACGCCGUGCACAAGCUGUUUGCCCCGCUGCGCAUCAGCAUCACGGUGCUCUCUGUGCCGCUCAUCGUGCGCCACUUCCGCAGGACGGGUGUCUUCAAACCUCCUGCCCCAAAGCCAUGA